UUGAUUCAAUUAAGUGCAUUUCGCGGCCGUUCCCCUUACUAGCACGUUUUUAAAUAGUCAAAUUCUUCUCUGUAAUCAAACCUAAAUCAGAAAGUGCCACCUGGUGCAAGUCUGCGUUCGCUCGCGAUCAAAGACAACUUCUUUGGAUCCUUUUUCCGGUCUCCCGCAGACGAAGACUGUAGAAAUACUGAAGGCAAAGUAAUCGAAGAACUGUAAGGGAUAUUUUUAAAGCUUGUUUCCGACAAAGGUAGCGACUUCGUCCAAGUUUGGGCAACACGCGGAGAGACUGUUAAAUGUCUCAGAGGAAAGGAUAUCUACGAUCAACACUUCGUUCUGAGUUGCGAAACAAAGAAGUGCCGGUUUGGAUUUAGAAGAAGGACGAUAGAAAAAAGAGCUCGUAGCAGAAAAAAAAAGUGUGAAGAGAAAAGACCAUCAAGAAGAAAUUAAGGAGAAGGAAAGAGAGAGAGAGAGAGAGAGAGAGAGAGAGAGAGAGAGAGAGAGAGAGAGAGAAAACGACGAAAGAAAGUGGAGAAUAGAAAAGCAAGUCGACAAGAGUCAAAAGGAGAGGGAUAGGUCAGAAGAGAAAGGUAUAAAAAUAGACAAACAUAAUAUACAUAAUCUGGCCGGAGGUUUGUUCCUAAAGACAGUAUUUAUUUCAGUGUUUAUUUCCUGCUAGCCAAAACAGCUGUAAAAAUGAAUAGCUCUAAUCUAACCACACCACCGAGCAAGGCACAAGACCUCGAGUCCCAAAUAGCUAUGGCAAUAUUCGCCGUUACCCUUGUACUUGGUGUGGUAGGAAACGGACUAGUUCUUCUAGUCGUGUUCGGAAAAGGCUCGCGUACCGUAAGUGAUAUUUUUAUUAUGAAUCUCUCCAUCUCAGACCUGACAUUCUUAAUCCUCUCCCUCGCUGUAAACACGCCCAACUUCAUUGGCAAUCUUGUCUACUCGGUUGGGUACUGCAAGUUCGUCUGGCCCACAAUUACAGUAACGUUCUUCGCUUCAGUCUUUACUCUUUGCGCGAUGGCGAUGCAUCGGUGCCAUGGGAUACUUAACCCGUUAAAGGUUAACCUAACAGAAAGGCAGGCUAUUUACUGGGCUGUAGGCAUAUGGGGCCUGUCUUUUGUGCCCGUAUUUCCACUCAUGGUCGUCACGGAGAUUUCUGAGGAAGGCUGUCGCGAGAAUUGGAGCUUGGAGAGCUCCAAGUUCUACACCGUCGCGCUGUUUUUGCUCCAGUACAUGAUACCGCUUUGUGUUAUUGCGGGCGCGUAUAGUCAGAUCAUCAGAAGACUCAUCCAAAGACAGGUCCCCGGGUCCAUGCUAGAUGAGAAUAGACACAUUAUCAUUCGCUCAAAGAGGAAAGAAAAUAAUCAAAUCAUCAAGAUAGUGGCCGUCAUCGUGCUCCUCUUUGCCAUCUGCAUGCUUCCCCACGAGUUAGCGGGUCUUAUGAUCUUCUUUGGCGAUGAGACGAGAAGAACGCAAGGGCAGGCAUUAUCGAGGUAUUCCCCAAUGCUUCAGUAUAUUCAUAGCUGCCUUAAUCCGAUGGUCUACGGAGUGCUAACGCGUCAGUUCUGCAAGGAAUAUCAAAGAUAUCUCCUGAUGUUACUGUGCUGUUGCCGUUACAAGAAGGUAGCAACGUUCUUAAAAAAGAACGCAAGCAAGCAUGUAAAGCAAGCAAUGGCGCAAGCUAGCAUGUAA